AUGUCGGAAUUUGCACCUAUUUGUAUCUAUUUAGUGACUAGUCCGCUAGUUUCUUUGAUUCCACUCGGUGUUCCUUUUCCAUUUGCUUCCAAUAGUUUGACCUAUCCAGAAAAAUUGUCGGCCUACGAAUGUGGUUCCGAUCCCUCCGGUGAUGCCAUAAGUCGUAUCGAUAUACGAUUUUAUCCGGUUCCUAUUUUAUUUAUUAUCCCUGAUCUGGAAGUCACCUUUUCUUUUCCUUGGGCAGUACCUCCUAAAAAGAUUGAUCUGUUUGGAUCUUGGUCCAUGAUGGCCUUUUUAUUGAUUUUGACGAUUGGAUCUCUCUAUGAAUGGAAAAGGGGUGCUUCGGAUCGGGAGUAACCACUUUAGAAAGGGCAAAGGGGGGAAGGACAUAGGAAAGAGGGAUGCCUACAAAAAAUCAAUUGAUUCGUCAUGGUAGAGAAGAAAAACGGCGCACGGACCGUACU